CCAGUACCCGCCGACUCCAGCAGCUGUUCUGUCUGCUGCGUUUUUUUGUGCCUCCAUUUCCGUUCCCACGCGGUGCGGAUGGUCGCAGCACCCCUCAGCCAGCCUGGUGCGAUGCUGCCCCGCAGGUGGUGAAGAAUGGCGUACCCGACCCUUUGGUUUCUGCUCUUCGGAAUUAUCCUCAGUGGGGCCCUACGCAGUGCUACUGCCAUCCAGCCAGAUGCUGCCUGCCCCCGAAGCUUGGACUGUACCCUGAGAAGGAGGGCCUUGUGCCCACCAGGCUCUGGUGCCUGUGGGCCCUGCCUCCGGCCCUUCGUGGAGGAUGACCUUGGCCGCUGUAUUCCCAAAAAACAGCUACCAAGAGGUAAGAUGCAGCCCUGGCCCAACCUGGAAGAAGAAAUCGACUUACUGGCUAACAUGCUGACCCGUCAAGACAGUGUCCCCCAGCGCUCCCGCUGGCCUGCCACCCUGGUGUCCCCAGGACAGGAGCCCGAUACCCCAUCCCCUCAGGGCGCACAAGUUCCCACCAUCGGAGCCUCCCAUUCAUCUUCGAGGCCUGUGGAGAUGUCACCUGUGGACCCCGCACGCCCAUCCAAUGACGUCCUUGUUCUCAUGAUGAUCGUGGUCUGUGCAGUGGCUGGGCUCUCGGCGCUGGUCGUGGCUGUUGUCUGCUGGUGCAGGUUACAAAAGGAAAUCCGGUUGGCUCAGAAAACAGACUACUCAUCCAAGUCCCAGAAAGUGUUGGGUUCCCCGGCCUUCAGCAGAAGCAUGCCUGGGGACAAAAAGCUGGCCCAGAGUGCCCAGAUGUAUCACUACCAGCACCAGAAGCAGCAGAUGCUGUCACUAGAGAAGCAUAAAGAACAGCCUAAAAUUAUGGACUCUGGGUCUUCGGAGGAAGAGAAUGAGGAUGGAGACUUCACUGUCUAUGAGUGCCCUGGCCUGGCGCCUAUGAAUGCCUUGACUGGAGAGAUGGAAGUGAAGAACCCAAUGUUUGACGACUCUGCUCUGGUGGGCCCUACACCCCGUCCUGCCUCUAGUCCUCGAGCCACUGCUGGCUCUCGAUCUGGAUCUGGUCCCCGUGUCAGUUCGGGCUCCCGUGCUAGUGGGUCCCGGACUGGUCCUCGCCCCAGCCCCCGGCCCCCCCGGCUGGUGGCCCCCAAAUCUCACCAAUGACCAGCCUACUGCCUUCUCCUGGCCAGUGACUCCAGCCUGGGAAGGGGAGCUCUCAAGGGGCUGGGGAUGGCCAGGGGUGGGGGGUGCUAAUAUUAGGAUGUUUCCCCCUAUUAAGGAAAAAAAAAAGCUCUGAAAUCCCAAGUUUUGCUGUUUGCAGUGAGUGCUGGCUCCCCUCCUGUUUGGUCUCCCUGUCCCCUUCCAAUGUUGGGAAAAAGAUGAGAAGGGGGUCAAGAAAGCCAUGAGCUCCCCUUCCCAUCUUCCCAGAAGGAAGGGGGUCUGUCUGUCCCUUCCCCAAUCCCUUUCCCUCCCUCAACCUUUUGGGGCUGGGAUUCCUCUAAAAUGGGAUGGGGAAAGCCGCUUUGUAAUAUCCCCCUCACCCAGCCUAGGGCUCCCUAUAGUCAGGGCCCUGGCAGUGCUGGCAACACAGACUGGUGACAGAUCUCAGUCUCCAGGUGCCUCCCCCCAGAGUCCCUAGGACAGGGGAUGAGGCCAUUUACCACUCCCCCCUCCCAGUGGCAGGGCCCCAAAUAUUUUCUUGGCCCUGCAAACCUGGUGUUUGGGCCCUAGUCAUUCUGCCCUCUGUUUUCUUCCCUCAAUCCCCACCAAAGUGAUUCUAGCUCAGGAUCCCAAACUGAAUGAGGUGGGCAUUGGUGCCAGGGCCUGGGGCAGGCACCUGGGAGGUUCUCAGUCCUCCAGGCCUGUCUUCUCUCCUCUGUGCCUGCGUCUUUCCCUCUCCCUGUGCCUGUGUCCCCUCCCUGUCUGUGCCUGCCUCCUGUCCUGUCCAUUCUUGUACCUGGUUCUCACUGUGGGACCUCCUUUUCCCCUCCUUUGCUUGUGGCCAGGAUUGUAUCCACAUUCAUUUUGAAACAUUCAAUUUUAUUAAAAACAAUAUUUCAAACCA